GCUGCAGAGCUGUCACCUACACGUGGUCAGAGACAGACCAAGGCACGUCCUCUACCUACAGUGUUGUCCUCUAUACUAUUUUAUCGAAUUGUUGGAUUGUGAGCUAGUCCUUCAUAAAGCAAACAUGGACCGGUCUGCGUAGUCGCGUCCGAGCAGAAUGCCUACCCCGUGAAUUAAGCCCGUUAACAUCUUAAUAGUAUCCAACGCCUGACUAGCCAUGGAAGACCUCGAUGACUUUGCGGACCUCAAAGAGAACCGCUUCGCACAUCUUCUCAAGCCUAUUCGCGACUUGCAGGAGAAUUUCAGUAUUGACUUAGCCGGAGAGCUUGAAGAGUACCUUGAACUGCUUGAACAUGCUGAAUUCUCUUUCGAGGGAGACCGCCAGGGCAUGGUGGACUUCGCUCAGGCGGCCCUUGUCAUUCAGGGAAGCACGUGCGUUUACUCCAAGAAGGUUGAAUACCUUUAUAACCUGGUGUACCAGGCCCUCGAAGCUGUGAAAGGAAGGAAGCGUCAGCAAGUAUUGGGACCGGAUGGUCAGCCCAUCGAUGGCGACGCUGUCCCGCAGCAGGCUGGCGCACGAGGCCGUGUAGCCCGGGCCGCUGAAGAGGAUGAGGACGAAGGACUGGAGCGCUUUUGGGACGUAGAGCCACUUCUUAAACAGUCCGCGGAUAUCGACCUGGCGCCAGGCGACGGUCUCCUGGCGAACACCGGCAACAACACACGGCCACCUGCAGCCCUGCUCGCGCUAGAGGACCAGGGGCAAAGUGCAGCUAGCAGCGCAGAGGCGAAGGGCGACGGAGAUUCGGGCGUCUACCGACUGCAACAGUGUGUGGUCCAUUGCUCCGGCACCCUGCUCCUUGACGCGAGAGAUGGCGACUUCUACGACUCUCAGCUGAGGUUCAUUGGUCCGCAGCCCCGACACGACAACACGUUGGAGAUGAUGAUAAAUGACCAUCAGUUGGGCCAACCUGUGCAGCUGAUGCCCAUGCCCAUGGCACCGGCGAAAGCUGCCGACGCCGCACCGGGCCCCGCACAGCAGGAUGCCGGCGACCCCAACGCCGCCCAUGCAGGCGCAGCCAUGGACAUGGACCCAGCGCAAGCACAGGACUACUACGACGAUGACGGCGGCGGCGGCGCAGGUGGAGGCGACUGGCCCAGUGACGACGAGUUUGCGGAGGCUGCAGGACCCGACAAGGCUGGCGCGAAGGACUUGAUGAACAUAGACGGGGUGUCAGUUGGCGGCGACGGCAGCGCAAGAACGGUGCCGAUGGCAGCGGGCCAACCACACCAGCCGCAGGCGGCCAACUCGGGCGCCGCGGCGCCGAGCGUUGGAAACAACGAGGCGGACGCGGAGGGAGAAGAGGAGGUCUUCGAUCCGUACAAGCCUUUGGACCCCGCCGCAAAGAGCCGCCUCCCCGACAAGCCCCUUGUGGUCCGUAGGCCUCGUAAGUCACGCCGGAAUCCCACCAAGACAGCGCGGGCGCGCGAGGCGGGGCCUUCCGGUGCCAGCGGCCUGCUGCUGCCUGAGUUUAGCUACUGCUUGGCGUUCCUGCGGCCCGCCUCCCGAACGGUUGAGGAUCCCCAUGCGCAGAUGCGCGGGGCGGCCACCACCGGCCUCAAAGCCCGACCGGAGCGUGUUGCCCUGGCGAGGGGAGGCAUUGCAGCGCCCAUCUUUGAUGCCCGUGAUGCAGCGGCGGCAGUCGCAGCCGACGAGGCAGCAGACGCGGAUCCCGCACAGGCCGACCAAGAGGACAUGCCACCUGCGGCUCAGCCCUACGGCUUUGAUGAUGAUGACAAUUACGGCGGCGGCGGCGCAUCAGACGUGGACGAUGACGUGGAUCCGCUCGCUCCCGGGGGCGGUUUCGGGGCCGCCGCCGCAUGGCACCAACCCGACGGCGCCGAGGCGGACGAUGCGGAUACGGCUGCCAGGACGCGGGACGGAGUUUGGCCGGGAGGUGUACCGCCCAUGGGUCAGUUGGGCGGUCCCGACGGGGCCAUGGCCGUGGACGGUGUGGAAACCAGCUAUGAGGAGCUCUGCAGGGCCCACAUGGAGUCGAUGCUCAUGGCUGCUGCAGCACGGGAGGUGCAGAGCGACCUCGCACGGCGUGUCAGCAGCUGGCGCCAGCGCAUUGACCCGGUGCUGCAGGCGGAGGAGUCCAGACCCGCCUUCGACAUCCAAGACUAUGGGGAGCGCAUCCUGGGGCGCCUGGCGGAACUCAAGAUUUCGGACAAGGAGCAGCAGCAGGGAGCUGUUGUGGCUGCGGAGCAGCGGGCGCCUGUCAACUUUGGGGUGGUGGCCCGGGAACUGCAGAAGUUCGAGGUGUCGCGCAUGUUCUCCGCGAUGCUGCAACUCAUCAACAACAGGAACGUCGCACUGUUCAUGAACGAUACCGCCAACGUUCCGCCUGGGGAGGUGCCCGACGAGCCCUUCAAGCUGCGGCUCCUGAGCACCGACAUGUACCACAAGACCAUGGGCGAGCGGCUGGCAGUGCACAACCACCACCAGGCUGGCGGGGCGGCUGGCGCAGGGGAGGACGGAGGCGACGACGAGGACGUGGAGAACCGCGCGACGCAACGCGGCCGGGCCAAGCAGGGCAGUGGCGGCCGUGGCAAGGCGGUGGGCGGCGGAGCCAAGCGCGCCAAGAAGGCCCAUGCGGCGCCGCUGGCAGAUGCGAAUGCAGACGAUUGACAGGGCGACAUGCUAGGCGGGGUGGAAGAUGAGGG